UUCCCCUCCCGUCUUCCUGCGAAUCAAACCGAGUCCACGGGAUGAGGCGAUGAUUUCGAUCUCACCAUCUCAUUCCCUCCUCUUAUCAUCCCAAUUGGCCAAAGGAGUGGGACGGAAUCGCCAAUCCGCCGUAUAUUUGACGUGGCCUCCUUUCCGCUCUAAACGUACACUCACAGAGGGAGAGGGAGAGAGAGGGGACUUCGAAGCUUGUUAGAAUGGCGAGUCCUACUUCCAGGCUUUCGAUCCCUCACUCCCACCGAUGCCUCCUCUCUUCUCCUCCCCACCACCGACUGAAACCCUCUGCCUCUCCAAAGAAGCGGCCAUGGCUUUCCUCGGCGCUUCGUCAGGUCGGAGAUGUCUUUCUCUGUUGGAACUCAUCUCAUACCACACCCAGAAAAGUGUGGAUUGUUUCAAGGUUGACAGGGGUGGUGAGGAUGCUUUGUUUGUUAGCAGUUACAAUGGGGGAGUUCUUGCCAUUGCUGAUGGUGUUUCAGGACUUUCUUUUAUUGACUGACAGAUGGGCAGAACAGAAUGUCAAUCCUGCACUCUUUUCUCAAGAAUUGAUGGCAAAUGUUUCAGAUCUAGUUAUGGAUGAGGAGGUCAACUAUGAUCCUCAAAUUCUCUUGAGGAAGGCCCAUGCUGCAACCUCCUCUGUAGGAUCAGCUACGGUAAUUAUUGCCAUGUUGGAAAAGAAUGGAACUUUGAAAAUUGCAAAUGUUGGAGAUUGCGGUUUACGAGUUCUUCGGAAAGGUCAAGUGAUUUUCUCUACGCCACCACAAGAACAUUAUUUUGACUGUCCUUACCAAUUAAGCUCUGAGAUAAUUGGUCAAACUUAUCUUGAUGCCAUGGUCUGUACUGUAGAAUUAAUGGAAGGAGACACAAUUGUCAUGGGUUCAGAUGGCCUUUUUGACAAUGUCUUUGAUCAUGAGAUUGUUUCUACAACCUCCAGAUUUAAAGAUGCAGUAGCGGCUGCAAGGGCAUUGGCUGAUUUAGCAAGAGAUCAUUCAAUGGAUGUCAGUUUUGAUUCUCCCUACUCCAUAGAAGCCAGAAGUAGGGGUUUUGAUGUUCCAUUGUGGAAGAAAAUUCUGGGUAGAAAACUAACAGGUGGUAAGCCAGAUGAUGUCACUGUGGUCGUGGGGCAGACGAUAAGUUUAUUAAAUGAUAAAAGAAUGGAAGAAGCAUUGCUAAAGCCAAAGGAUUUAUCUUGAUUUGGUUUAUAUAUACCAAACUUUGAGCGGCAAUUCUAGGAUCCACUGAUUUGACAUGCUACAGAUUUAUGGAUUAACACGAACAUGCUCAAACCAAAGGAAUCUCUUAAGAUUUUGAUUAACAAUGCUUCUAGACAUCAGAAGUUAUCUGCUUGCUCGGGCAUGCAUUGUAAAAGAAUCAAAAUAUCCUGGAAAGUUUGUUUUGGUAGUUUUUCACCGGAGGCACUAGAUUUGAAAUCUUGAAGCAGGUCUCAUAGGAAUAGAUGCCAGUUAUUACGAUCCACAUUGCAAGCUACUAGCUUUCUGGAAAUGGAAUACACGCUACGAAUUAUGGAUCAACACGAGCAUGCUUCACCAAAAGAAUCUCUUAUGAUCUAUAUAGCAGUGUUUUGGGUCGUCUUAGAUUUUCUCAUGCUCAGACAUGCAUUG